AUGAGUGAUCAAGAAUCUGUUGUUUCAUUCAACUCGCAAAAUACCUCCAUGGUGGAUGUUGAGGGCCAACAGCCUCAACAGUACGUCCCCGCAAAAACCAAUUCUCGUACAAAUCAAUUGAAGUUAACAAAGACUGAGACCGUCAAAUCCUUACAGGAUUUGGGUGUCACUUCAGCCGCUCCAGUGCCUGACAUCAAUGCACCACAAACUGCUAAGAAUAACAUCUUUCCUGAAGAAUAUACCAUGGAAACUCCAUCUGGACUGGUUCCAGUGGCCACCUUACAAUCCAUGGGUAGAACCGCUUCUGCCUUAUCGCGUACUAGAACAAAACAAUUGAACCGUACUGCUACUAAUUCCUCAUCCACGGGCAAGGAAGAAAUGGAGGAGGAGGAAACUGAAGAACGUGAGGAUCAGAGCGGUGAGAACGAGCUGGAUCCGGAGAUCGAAUUCGUUACUUUUGUCACUGGUGAUCCAGAAAACCCCCAUAACUGGCCCGCAUGGGUUCGUUGGAGUUACACCGUUCUGUUGUCCAUUUUAGUUAUUUGCGUUGCCUACGGGUCCGCUUGCAUCAGUGGUGGGUUAGGAACCGUUGAAAAGAAGUACCAUGUUGGUAUGGAAGCCGCUAUUUUAUCAUGUUCUUUAAUGGUUAUUGGGUUCUCACUGGGCCCUUUGAUUUGGUCUCCUGUUAGUGAUCUUUACGGUAGAAGGGUCGCCUACUUUGUCUCUAUGGGUCUUUAUGUCAUCUUCAACAUUCCUUGCGCUUUAGCCCCCAAUUUAGGUUGUCUUUUAGCUUGUAGAUUUCUAUGUGGUGUUUGGUCAUCUUCAGGUCUAUGUCUAGUUGGUGGGUCUAUUGCCGAUAUGUUCCCAAGUGAAACAAGAGGUAAGGCCAUUGCCUUCUUUGCUUUUGCUCCUUAUGUUGGUCCCGUCGUUGGCCCAUUAGUUAACGGUUUUAUUUCUGUUUCUACCGGCCGUAUGGACCUGAUCUUUUGGGUAAAUAUGGCCUUUGCAGGUGUUAUGUGGAUCAUCUCCUCUGCCAUUCCAGAAACAUACGCUCCAGUCAUCUUAAAGAGAAAGGCCGCUAGAUUAAGAAAAGAGACUGGUAAUCCUAAAAUUAUGACUGAGCAAGAAGCUCAAGGUGUCAGUAUGAGUGAAAUGAUGAGAGCUUGUUUGUUAAGACCUCUAUACUUCGCUGUCACUGAACCUGUUCUGGUCGCCACUUGUUUCUAUGUGUGUUUGAUUUACUCUCUAUUAUAUGCGUUCUUUUUUGCCUUCCCUGUCAUUUUUGGUGAAUUAUAUGGCUACAAAGACAAUCUUGUGGGUUUGAUGUUUAUUCCUAUUGUUAUUGGUGCUCUUUGGGCAUUGGCUACAACUUUCUACUGUGAAAACAAGUACCUAAAAAUUGUCAAAGAGCGUAAACCUACUCCUGAAGAUCGUUUGUUGGGUGCCAAGAUCGGUGCUCCAUUUGCUGCCAUUGCUCUUUGGAUCUUGGGUGCCACCGCUUAUAAACAUAUUAUUUGGGUUGGCCCAGCUUCAGCUGGUUUAGCUUUUGGUUUCGGUAUGGUGUUGAUUUAUUAUUCAUUGAAUAAUUACAUUAUUGAUUGCUACGUCCAAUACGCAUCCAGUGCGUUGGCUACAAAGGUUUUCCUAAGAUCUGCCGGUGGUGCUGCCUUCCCAUUAUUCACAAUCCAAAUGUAUCACAAACUGAAUUUACAUUGGGGUUCUUGGUUAUUGGCCUUCAUCUCUACUGCUAUGAUUGCCUUGCCUUUUGCAUUUUCUUACUGGGGUAAGGGUUUAAGACAUAAAUUGUCUAAGAAGGACUAUUCCAUCGACAGUGUUGAGAUGUGA